AUGAAAACAUUAGCAGGACUGGUUCUGGGACUUGUCAUCUUUGAUGCUGCUGUGACUGCUCCAACUCUAGAGCCCAUCAACUAUGACUCGGAAACCUACGAUGCCACCUCGGAAGACCUGAAUAAUUUAUACAACUAUGAAAACGUACCUAACGGUCAAGCUAAGGCUGGACUAGCGACAGUGAUGCCUUCCGGGAACAGAGAGCUCCUCACCCCGCCCCCACAGCCAGAGGAGACCGAGGAGGAGGAGGAGGAGUCCACCCCCAGGCUGAUUGAUGGCUCUUCCCCACAGGAGCCCGAAUUUCCCGGGGUUCUGGGCCCACACACCAAUGAAGACUUUCCAACCUGCCUUCUGUGUACCUGCAUAAGUACCACCGUGUACUGUGAUGACCAUGAACUUGAUGCUAUCCCUCCGCUGCCCAAGAACACCGCUUAUUUCUAUUCCCGCUUUAACAGAAUUAAAAAGAUCAACAAGAAUGAUUUCGCAAGCCUAAAUGAUUUAAGAAGGAUUGAUCUGACAUCAAAUUUAAUAUCUGAGAUUGAUGAAGAUGCAUUCAGAAAGCUGCCUCGACUCCGAGAGCUUGUCCUGCGUGACAACAAAAUAAGGCAGCUCCCAGAAUUGCCAACCACAUUGACAUUUAUUGAUAUUAGCAACAAUAGACUUGGAAGGAAAGGCAUAAAGCAGGAAGCAUUUAAAGAUAUGUAUGAUCUCCAUCAUCUCUACCUCACCGAUAACAACUUGGACCACAUCCCUCUGCCACUUCCAGAAAACCUACGGGCCCUUCACCUUCAGAAUAACAACAUUCUGGAGAUGCAUGAAGAUACCUUCUGCAACGUUAAAAAUUUGACUUAUAUUCGAAAGGCCCUAGAGGACAUUCGAUUGGAUGGAAACCCUAUCAAUCUCAGCAAAACUCCUCAAGCGUAUAUGUGCCUACCUCGCUUGCCUGUUGGGAGUCUUGUCUAAUUUCAGAUAGCGGUUAGCAUCAUGAUGCCUACUACAACAAAACAAUUCUCAUGCUCGCUUCAUAAACAAAACUCAGCAUGAUGCUUUCCAAUUGUGUUCUGAAAGAUACAUGAUUACAUAAAAUACAGCUUAAAGUUUUAAGAUAUGAUGGCAAUUUCGUAAUCUAAGAAAAACACCAGAUGAAACCGGAAUAAACCAAAAGAUGUACAGAAAGAGCAAAACUAAAUGAUCAAAAAUAUUUCACAGAUAUUCUUAUAAAUCACAUGUACCUUGCAGAUUUUAGGGAUUCAUAUCCUGUAUAACUUCAAA